CAUCAAGCGCGUCGCGUCGCGUCCAGCUCUUACUUUCGCUUCCUUGCCUUCUUUCGCGAAACACAAUGGCCCGAAGUCCUAAGAACACCACAAAACGCCAAACAGGACGUCCGACCCGCCCGACAGCCUCUACGUCGUUCCAGUCAGCUCCCGAGGACGCCUUCGACAUUAUACAAGAUGAUGAUGUCGCAGAAGAUGAUGAUAUGGACGUGGACGGGAGUGAAGAUAGCACUGAGAUGAUCAAUCGUUUCUUGGCCGAAUACAACAAGCGCCAGGCGAAGAAAUCGUCCGCGCGUUCAGCAGCUUUUCAAACUCAGAAGAAGAAUCUUUACAUCGCAGCGCGCAAGGCGUCGAAGGAACUGGCACGAGAUGGCACAGCCUGUCUAGAGGAGGGGAAAGCGAAACUUCUCGCAUUGAAGCAGGAGGAAGUGACGGCUGAUCAGUACAGCAAGGAUGUCAUUCCUUCCUGGCAUCGCGUCGAGGACUCAGUGAAAGAAUUGCUGUCUGUAUACCCCGCCGGCCUCGAAGAUCUCUUCCCUCGCCGUUCCGACGCCGUCAACGCUGCAAGCGAAAUGAUUGGAACAAACAGCGCCCGAAGAGCGGAUGCACUGGCCGAAUGUGUUGAAGCCGCAGACGCGCAGCUGUACCAGAGUAAGCUGGAUGAGAAGAACGCGGCGGACGCUUCUCGAUUGAUCAAGCACUACAAGACCUUGUUGAUGAUCUGA